AUGGAUGUUGACUCGGAACCACUCAGUUCACAAGACAACGUCGAAGAUCCCAUGAUGACUAGUGUGGAAGAAAAUGUUAACUGCACUUGUGAUUGUGGUGGCAGCAGUAGUAAGUGUGUGUCUGUGACGGCUGAUGAUAUUAUAAACCAGACCUUUGAAACAUCAGAUGCAGCUUAUAACUUGUAUGUACGUUAUGCGAGGUGUCUCGGGUUUGGAGUUUACAAGGGUGAUACAGCACGUGGAAAAGAUGGAACACAGCGCAGAAGGAGGUUUUUUUGCAGCAAGGAAGGAAAGAGAGCCGAGAAAUACAUAUCUAGUUUGAGUAGGAAGCGGGAGCAUAGAGCGCUGACUCGCACUGGUUGUGAAGCCAUGCUUGCGGUGUAUCUUGACACUAAAACUUCGACUUGGAGGGUUAAAAAAUUAUUCGAGAAGCACAACCACGAUCUUGUCCCACAAUGCUUGGUACACCUAAUUCCAAACCACCGAGGGUUGACUGAGCCACAAAAAGCUCAGGCGAAUACCAUGCAUGAUCAUGGUCUUCCAACCUCUAAAAUAAUAGGACUAAUGGUAGGCCAAGCCGGUGGUUAUGCCAAUGUCGGGUUCACAAAGAAGGACCUAGAUAAUCACUUUCAAAGAGCUCGUCAUGCAAUGCUCAUUGGUGGGGAUUCCAAUGCGACGACUAGCUAUCUACUUGGGAAAGCAGAUGUCGACCCGAUGGCCAUGACAAGGUACAGUGCUACUGAUGAAGGUCGGCUGGCAAAUUUAUUUUGGGCAGAUGGCAUUUGUAGGUCCGAUUAUCAGUGCUUUGGAGAUGUGCUUGCAUUCGAUACAACCUACCGGAAGAAUAAGUACAGAAGGCCCUUGGUAAUCUUCUCAGGUUGUAACCAUCACCGCCAAACAUGUAUAUUUGGUUUUGCCUUGGUAAAGGACGAACGGACUGCAACAUAUACGUGGUUGUUGCAAAACUUUCUAGAAGUCAUGCUGAACAAGUCUCCUAGUGUUGUGGUCACAGACGGUGACGAAGCAAUGAAGGCAACAAUUUGA